AUGGCUCGCGGGGGGAAUCGUCGAAAUGGUCGGAUGACUGAACAACCAUGUUACUUGAACCUAAAUCUGGAGGGCGUGUAUACGUAUAACACGCGUGAACAGGUUAUAACAGCCGUCGACAACGUUUCUUCGCUGGUCAAUAGUUCUUCUAUACCCGCAAGGAUGUUUCUAGAAGGGCCAUUUAUGGCAUCCCUAUUAGUUGAUGAAACAAAUGGACGGGCAGCUAACAGACGACAUAUUCGUCGCUAUCGUCGUAAUGGACAUCCUGACGGCAUAAACAACGAUGGUGGAAGCGGGAACGCAGGAGCAACUGUAGGGACGGACAAUUACCAGGGCGACGAUGCAAGAAAUAUCGUUGUAGGUGGAGGACGAGGAGACGGCAGUGAUGUGGAAGGUGACGUUGCAAAUGGAAAAGGAGGAGACACCGGUGAGGACAGAGGCAACGAGACAGGAAGAGCUAGCAGAUCGUUGAAAAGACGGCGCAGGAGGCGCGGAAAACGUCAGAAGGCUACACUUCCCAUGCCUUCUGAGAUCAAGGUACAAAAUACAGUUAGCGGUGAAGAGCCAUCUUGCAGUAGCGAGACGAUGAUCCCUACAUCUGACAAAGUUGCCGCCGACAUUCCUUUGAAGACGAGCAAAGACAAGUAA